AUGGACGAACUUUUCCAGAAAGCCGUCAAGCAGAACGAGGAGAUGAGAAAACCAUGGGGCGCGGUUCCGUGGAAGCCGGACGAGCCGCAUCCGCAGCCUCAUUACUCCUUUGACAAGACCACGCAGACCUGGGCUGUACCGAAGGCCGGGUCGCCGCACCCUAAUGAUGGGGUGGACAUCACUCUACUCGCACUCUACAGCUGGAACAUUGACUUCAUGUUACCGAACGCGAAGCCCAGGAUGGAGGCUGCGCUCGCACAUCUGGAGUCCAUGAUAAGCAAGGUGUCCCCGUCAACAGCGGUCGUGAUCUUCCUGCAGGAGUGCAUCGCGGAGGACCUCGUCACCAUCGGCGAAAAGGCAUGGGUCAGGGACCGGUUAUACGUGACUGACGUCGAUAACUCCUUUUGGGCGUCGGGGCACUACGGCACCACAACCCUGGUCGAUCGCCGCCUGCAUAUCACAUCCUGCUUCCGCGCACAUUACGAGAAGACGAGGUUUGAGCGCGACGCGUUCUGUAUGGACAUAUCGCUUGGUAAAAGCAAAGACAAGACCGUUCGUCUGUGUAACACCCAUCUCGAGUCCCUCGCGAUGGAGCCGCCUUUCCGCCCACCGCAAAUGCAGCUGGUAUCGAAAUUCAUGCACGCCAAAGGUAUCCACGGCGCGCUGGCGGCUGGAGACUUCAAUGCUAUACAGCCGUUUGACCAGACCCUCCAUUCCGACAACGACCUGAAGGAUGCGUACCUGGAGCUGGGUGGCGCGGAGGGCAACGACGAGGGCUACACCUGGGGUCAGCAGGCGGCGACCACGCUGAGGGAGAGAUUUGGCUGCUCGAGGAUGGACAAGGUGUACUUCUGCGGCGGCCUGAAGCUCGAGAGCUUCCAGAGAUUUGGCGCGGAUAUCCAGCUGGCCGAGCAGGAACAGAGGCAAAAGCUUGAAGGUCUCGGCUUUGAGAAGCCCUGGAUUACGGAUCAUUUGGGAGUCAUGGCAGAGGUCAGCAUAGUAGAAUAG